CUUAAGUGCGCCAGCAAAAAAAAAAGCAAAAUCUACAAACAUGCGACUUAUUAAUUUAUUUAUUAUUUCUAUCGAAAUUUUGUCAUCCCAUAUUGUGUGUGAUGCUGAAAUUCCAAAUGAUGAAAUCAGGCAAGUAAGGAAUACCUGGAUGUUAUCCAUUCAAGAUUAUGCAGUUGAGUUUAGAGACGAUAUUUUGCUGAGUUUUGAUCCAAAAUCCAUUUGGUAUCUUCAGUGUAGUGCUUGUACGCUAACUCCAGAGCGUUAUUUCAAUUACCGAAUGCAGCGAAAUAAUAUUCAAAAUCGUGUUGGAAUUGGAAUAAAAUUACCAAGUAUG